GGACUAUCGGGAGUGCUCUGCGACACACAAAUACAGCUGCACAGUGCACAGGUGUGUGUGUGUCCGUGCGUGUCUGAACGUCUGUGCGUAGUGGUGCGUGCGCUUGAUGACUGACGAUUCGUGUCCAAAGGAUUGAGCGCGAAAAUCCGUUCCGAGCUUCGUCUUACGUCGCGCGUCUACACGAUGGACAGCGACGUCCGCGUGCUUGACGUGAGCACGGACACGAUUUCCUCGGAGCCGACCGAGACGGCCUCGGAGAUGGAGAUGAUCGAGCUGGAUGCCAGUUACGACGCGGGAGCGUCGACCUCCUGCCUUAUCGAUGAAAAUCCGACGUGCAGGACGAGGAGCGCCGGUCAAGCCUUUUCCCCGGACUCCUCGGACAUCGAGAUAAUACAUCCGCGAAGUGAUUCGCAAUUCGCUCAGCCGAUGAACGUCGCUCCACGGCCCGUCUUUAAGGUUAUGUUCCGCGACGAGAGUGUCUCGAGGCGAUAUCGGCAAGAAGUGAAAGACUUUCUGCACGCUUUAGUGCAAUCAAAACCAUGUCUUAAAAAGAACUCAAAUGAGUCAAGUCUGACUUUAGAAAUUUGGGAUGAUGAAGUUGAUUCCAAAGAUGAUGAGAAUGCUUUGGACGACAGUGUACAAUACCUUGGUUCACAUGAUUUUCUAUUUACAAUUGAUAAACAACGGAAUGUAAAGAAUGAUUUCGAUAUUCCGAUUUAUGGACAGAAAUAUGAUACAUUUGAGGAAUCAAAACAUGAGGCAUCGAAAGAUUUCGUGCCAAAAUUAAAUUGCUUCAAUUGUAAUGGAAAUCACAAUUUGCGAGAUUGUCCGAAGCCUAAAAAUCAAAAUAAUAUCAAUAAGAAUCGUAAGGAGUUUGCUAUGAAGUACAGCGCGGGAGUCCGAUAUCACAUGAGUGAGGAUCAAAGAUUUAGUCAUAUGGUUCCCGGUCAGAUGAGCCCAAAACUACAAAAGGCACUUGGACUGAAAGACAAUCAACUACCUAAGCACAUAUAUAGAAUGAGAUUACUUGGCUACCCUCCAGGGUGGUUGGAAGAGGCGCGCUUACAACAUUCUGGCUUAUCACUGUUCAAUUCCGAUGGAGUAGCGGAGAGUGAUAUAAACAAGGAAGAAGGUGAAAUCAUUAUGGACGUGGAUAAAGAUCGAUACGAUAUAAAGAAGAUAUAUGAUUUCCCUGGUUUCAACGUGCCGCCUUCUCCUGGUACCAUAGAAGAAAGCCACAAGUAUCGGGUACCGCAGAUGCAACUUGGGCAUAGCAAACAGAUGAUGUUGUUGCACUUGCAAGGUAAAGAAGCAGACGAUGGCUACAAACGGAAAAAACUGAUAUUACCUCCGCCAGUAAAUAAUGUAGAAAUUGUAAAUAAUGUAACAAUCAGUGAUAUGGAAAUAGAAGAUACAUUAGAAGAAAAUGCUAUGGAGAAUGUGUCUGUUAACGGGCACUUUGUACCACCGUUACCGAAAGAAUCGGUGCAACAGCCACUACCACCACCACCGCCGGCGGAGUUACCUCAAACACCAACAGACGAUUUAAAUUCGCAGUCGCGAGAAUUGAUGUCCUCCGAUUCUGCGGACGACACUACUUCGACCUCAAAUUCGCCAUCCUUGAUUGAAUUAGAGAGAACGAAGGAAGCAUUACUUAUGGAAAUCGAAGAGACCAAUUCGCAGUCUAAUUCUGACUCUAUGUCAGCUAAAAACGAUUCGAGUACUGUGUCUGCGUCGGAAACGCCAUUCUCCAGUAUUACGGCUACGCCUUCUACCUCGAGAGCUUCUCCAAAUGAAGAUUCCGCGAAGUCGGAUUUACAGGGCUGUCCUGAUACGCCAGUUGACUUUAACACCACGAUCGCAUUGGACACGUCAGUUUCCGAUAGACUGCCUCAAUCCAAUUCUACUCCAAUUCGUUCUACUUUGAAUAACUCUUUGAAUACAAGUCAAGCUUCUGUCAAGUCGGUACACUUAGGUACACCAAUAUUGCCUAGUACCUCUCCAUACAGUAAACUGCCAACAUCAGAAAAAUUUUCCAAGGACAUUUGCGACGUCAUCAACUUCGAAAAUUUACCUGACUCAACGGGCAAGUAUGAACAAAUGUCGGGAGUCUUGCAAAAGGUUAGAAGCACUAUGGCAAGGCUACACCAAUAGAUAUAAAUCGAUUAUUUAUAUUAGAUACAGAAUAUUUAGAUAUGCGAAGAUCAAUGAGAUAUGAUAGUUCAGACUAUUAGGAGAAAAUAAUAAGACACGACUUAAAAAUUAUUUGUUUUCUUACUUUCCUUUUUUUCUAAUUCAAUUUGAAAGAAGAUAGUGUCAAAGACAUUGAUAUCUCAUUGUAAAUAGAUAUUUUUGAGUAUCUCUAUAAGAUUGAUUUGUUCAUGGACAAUUACCUAAAGAUCUCAAACAGUAGCUGGUAAGCUAAAUUACGAUUCAUUGGUAGUUCAAAUCAUGAUUCAGAGGUUGAUACAAAGGGAUUCUCUAUCUCAUAUUUCUCUUUGAGCUUCUCAAAAAUUCUUUUUCUUUAAUAAUUGUAAGAUAAUAUAUUUUUUCAGACUUCUCUAAGCUACUGUUCAAACAAAUUGAAUUAUACUUAAAAUGCUGUUCAUCUUUUCGAAUUUUUGACAUAAAAUUUUAGAGUAACGUUCCUGAGAUAUUUACAAGGUAUCUUUGAACUCAGUGCCAAAACAACGGCUUAGCACAUGAAAACAAGUCGAGAAUGCCUAAUAAAUAUAUAUCCGAUUUUGAACAGUUUCGGAAUUAUGGAUUCUUAAAAUUGCUUUUGUAAGAAAGCAUGAACAUGUUGCUUAAAUAUUUUAGUUUUGGAAGUUGUGUUCAGAGACACCUUGUUAGGAAAUAUUUUGAAACAAUCAACUUUUUCCCUCUAGACGUACAUGCUUUCUUUCUUAAGAGAACAACUUUAUUCUCAAACCAUAAGAAUUUUUUUUGUUACUUUCUGAUUUCCAUCUUUUUAUUUCAAUAUUUCUCUAUAAAUUCUCAAGAUCAGACUUAAUGUGCAUAUCUUAUGAUAAGAUUAAGAGAUCUUUCUUUGUAUUCUCCUUGUCUGUUCGACUUCAUUGCUUAAAAUCAGAAAGCAAAUGUCAACUUCUUUUAUUCUCUAGUGUGCGAGUUGCGUGACAACGAAUAUUUGAGAUCUUUGAAAUAUACAUAUUGUAAUUGAUAAAAUAAUGUAAAAAGAAUCAGCAUUUCUACAACUUCAAUUUAAUUUUUUUUGUAUUUCUACAUACAUUCUAGUCUGCUGUAUAUUUCAAUAUUAUUUCAAUAAGAAUGCUACUUGUUUAUAGAAAUACAGCGGCGUAUCUAACUUUUGAACAGAGAUUGAAAAGUAUCAUAUGUAAUUGAACGCAGAAUGUCUUUUAUUUAUUGUGAAUUGACAAAAUUUCAAUCGAUUAUAAAAAUGCUUUCACAAGUUCUUACAAAUUCGCAAGACUGUACAUGUCUCAUACAUGAUUCUUGAUUACAUGAUUCACACAUUUAGGCAUUAUUCAAUUUACUAUAUAUGUUUAUACGUAUAUAAUAUAUAUAACUAUAUAAUAUAUAUUAGCUAUAUACAUAAUAUAUAACAAUAUUUUAUACGUGUAAAUAUACAUAUAUAAUAUUAAAGAAUCAUAGAGAAAUUACUGUCAUCUUCCAAAAGUACAAAAACGUAGGUACAAGAUUUUCGUCGCAGUUAUUGUCAAAUGUAACUGUGAUGUUCAUUUUACUUUUUUGUAUUGUCUUAUAAUUCAAAUCUGUUUUCUACAUAUGCACAUUAAUCUUAAUUGGACAUACGAGGAGCUCUACUUGUGCAAUAUAUUUUGUACAUGUUGAGGUAAUGUAAGAGAAAUACUCAACUGUGAUUUAUAAAAAACUAAUCUUUACAUUUAUAAAAAUUAUUUUUUACAAAUAUAUAUGUACAUAUAUACAUAUAUAUUUGUAUGACAGGAAAGAAAAUAGUUUUUGAAGAAUUGAAGACAAUGACAUUGAAAAAUGCAAAUUGCUAAGUAUUUUUUAUUGUAAUGCAAAAUAUUCAAGCAUUUGAAAUAUAAGUUUUAAAUUUCAAACUAAUUGCGUAAUUUCGAUUAUCAAAUAUACCAAUUUUUGUAUUAUGUUAAUGCAAGAAAUUUUCUUAUACAUAUAUAUAAUAUCUUAGUUUUCUCUAUUAACAAAAUAUAUAUUAAUCAUCUGCAAUUAUUUCAACAAGUAUCCACCAGCAUUUUUUAUAAAUAUAGAUACGAUAAUUUUUUGCUAAUGUACGAUUUUCUAUUUUGCUCGGAAAUGUACCUGGAAUUUCCGAAGUAUAAAUAAAAUGAGAGAUAAAUAACUAAGAUAAAUAUUGAAUAUACUAACGUUGUACAAAAAUAAGUAUAUGUAACUAUAGAGUUUUUAUCUAAAAUAAAAUUAUUUUGUAAUGAACAUAUGCAUAAUCAAUUGUGUGCAUCGAAUUAUACGAAAAUUGAUUCCUUUAUAUAAAUAUAUUAUGUCCCAUGUUAUUUUAUUUUAUUUUAUUUUUUUAUAAAAUCUUGUGUUAACACUAUUUAUAAUGAACAUAAACGGCCAUUUUAUGCAAUGCGGAGAAACUGUUUUAUUAUCGAAAAUAUGGGGAAUGUACAACGUUAAACAACAUGGUUAUUAGUAUAAAACAUUUUAUCAUAGACCAUAUUCAUUACGAGAAAAUUGUGUAAUACCAUUAAUAAAUCGUUAUUUGUAUAUACCUUUAAA